GAUCGGAUCAAUUCAGUGCGAGUCGAUCGUUCGAGCGCGCAACAACAACUCGUUCAGACAUUUUAAGGAAGUGGAUUGCAAAAUUGUUAAACUUUUAUAAUCAGCUUGAGCAGCGUGACCUGAUCAACGCUAGUGCUAGUACAAGUGAUAUUAGAUCGGUUUAUUCUCAGUGGGAAAACUGAUAUUGCACCUGAGCAGUUAACGAUUGAUAAAAAUGAUCUCGAAAGGUGCAACGACGGUUCUAGUGCUAGCAGUGCUCGUACAAGCUACAUGUGGUUUACCGGCUCCGCAAUGGUUUUCCUUCAAAGAUGGUAAAUUUGGAGUUGGUUAUGGCGGCUAUCAUGCUGAGGCAGGACUCGGAGGACUCUUGACAGGGAACACGGCUCACGGUGGUCUAGUGGCCUCGGCUGGUACUCCGAACGGACAACACGCUGGAGCUGGUUUGGGAGGGCUCCUCGACGGAAAUGAUCGUACUUCUGGGGGCGGCUAUGCCGGUGCUACAGCAGGACAUGGCGUCGGAGCAAGCGCGGCCUUCGGUGGCACUUUGAACAACGAAGGAUCAGCUGGUGGAUUAGGUGCAGAGAGUCACGUACCCGGAACCAGCAAUAAGGUUGUUGAAAUUGGGCAGACCAAAUCAGCUUCUUCACCUGGUAAGACUGCAUCAGUACAUGAAGGAGAGCUACAUACUCGUUUCAAUGACGAAACCAGUUUUCAUAAGAAGACAAAAACUGUUUUGAAGGAAGUCAAUACCGAACUACAAGCUCCUCCAGCAGUUCAGCCACCAUCUCAUGGGUACAUCAAAACGGUGUACAAGAAGAAAGUCAUCACUCGCCCACACAAAGACACAGUAGUUCAGAGUUCUUAUGAUAAUGUCGCUCAAGGCGGUUCUUCUGCAAAUGAUAUAGAUUUGAGUCGAUUGUUCGAUUUCCAAGCUUUCAGCAACAUUGCUGCGAGCUACUCGUACGCUGCACCACCGUCCGCGCCAUCAUCAUUGAAUCAAGACGAUCAAAACAAACACCACGAUUCGGAAAUUCAAAAAGAGGUACAUCUGAACAGCCGGUUUGAUUCAAAUGGUCAUUCUAGUGGUUCCACUCUUUCCACGCAAACAGUGCAGGCCGCACCAAAUCUCAACUUCUGGAACGAUAUUUUCAAUAUUCCAAUUUCAACACUAAGUGCUGUGAAUCAGUUUUUGAACAACAAAUCCAACAGUGGAACUGCUCACGUUCAGAAGCACGUCGAAAUACAUUAGCAAGGAACAUUGAGGAUGAUGGGGUUUCUCCAUUUCAUUUUAUCUUAUUUUGUGGAAAUAGAGAUGAUUAUCAAGAAUUAUAAGAGUAAUGUGCUACAAAGAA